UAUGGGGGCCUUUUAAAGCGCAUUGUUUUUAUUAUUUUCUUGAAUAUGUAUUAUAUGUUUAUAUUAUACAAGUAUUUAUUUAAUAUGAAUAUUUUACACAAAGUUUUAAAAUGCUCUUAAGAAAAAUCUCGAAUGUUAGAAUACCACAAAGAAAUUCUAUUAGAUCUGUAAUAAGAAAGUACAAUAAUAUUAAUUUUGAGGAUAUUCCCGAAGUAUCUCCAGGAAAAAUAAAGAAAACUUUCAAUAUAAAUGGAUUAAGUUUUGAAGAGGGAUAUACUUGCUUUAUCUCAAAGUGUAUAAUUUGUAAAAAUGUAAAAGAUGAAACAAAGUCUACUCCAAAAUUAUACAUAAAUAAAAAUACUGGAAUGUUUAUGUGUGAUUCCUGUUCUCAUUGCGGACAAUGGGACCAGUUUCUAGCGCAUUUAGUUAUGUUGAAGUCUAAAAAAAUUAAGAAAAAGUUAACUUUUGAAAAUGACUUUCAAAAAUUCGAAAAAUAUAGUGAAAUUUUGAACGAAGUUACAAACCAAACAAUUGUAUUGAAUUCAUUAGAUGAAAACGAAUUGACAAAUAUUCUGUCUAAGUUUAGACUUCCUGUAAUAUCUCAAACUGCCAUAGAAUCUUUAGAUAUAAGAAUUAAUAAUAAAAACACACUUUUAUACUUUCCAUUAGAGAAUGUUGAAAGUAGAGUUGUGGGAUAUAGAACAGUCCGUUCAAAUAAUCUGACUGAAACCAUAAUUCCCGACAUAGAAUGUGGCGGAGUUCUUACUGCUCGACUAUCCAGAUCUAAAGAUACUGCUCUUUUAGUGCCUACUAUUAGAGAUUUUUUAAUUUUAAUCAAUAAAAAAAUCAAUGCCAGUAUUGUGUGUUUACCAGAUGGUGUAAGAACAUUAUCACAAUAUGUAUUACCAAGUUUAGAAAGGUUUAAAAAAAUUAUAUUAUGGAUGGGCAGCGAUAGUGUUUCUUGGGAUUCAGCCAGGCAUUUUGCCCACAAGCUCGGAGAAAAAAGAUGUUCCUUGAUAAAACCUAGUAUAUUAUUACCUCAUAUACAACCAGAAGAAGAUUUUUCCAGUGUUAUAAACACUGCUCAACCUGUAUGGCAUAAAAGUAUUACAACGUUUGGAAGUCUUAGAGCUGAUGUUUUAUCAGAUUUGCAAAAUAUUGAUAAGGUCCAGGGAAUUAAAUGGAAGAGAUACCCUACGUUAAAUAAAAUAUUAAAGGGGCACAGAAGAGGGGAGCUCACAAUUUUGACAGGGCCAACUGGAUCAGGAAAAACCACUUUUAUCAGUGAUUAUUCACUUGAUUUACUUAUGCAGGGCGUAAACACGUUAUGGGGCAGUUUCGAAAUUCGAAAUGCUAGAUUGGCUAAAACGAUGCUUCAGCAAAUGGCUGGUUUCAGCUUGGAGGAUAAUUUGGACAAGUUUGAUGAAAUGGCAGAUAAAUUUGAACACUUGCCACUUUAUUUCAUGACCUUCCACGGACAGCAAAGUAUUAAAGUUGUUAUGGAGGCAGUGGAACACGCAGCUUAUGUCCAUGAUAUAGCCCAUGUGAUUAUAGACAACGUACAAUUUAUGAUGGGUACCAGUGAAGACCAAAGACACAUGGACAGAUUUUUGAGACAAGACGCCAUCGUGGCCGCGUUCAGGUCAUUUGCAACAAGAAAAAAUUGCCAUGUAACUCUAAUUAUUCAUCCAAGAAAAGAAAAGGAUGACGAGAUGCUAACCACGAGUUCCAUUUUCGGAGGUGCCAAAGCUUCCCAAGAGGCGGAUAACGUAUUAAUUAUACAAGAUAAAAGACUAAGUUCUAUGAAUGGGAAGAAAUAUUUACAAAUUACCAAAAACAGAUAUACGGGUGACUUAGGCGUGAUGACGUUAGAUUUUGACAAGAAGAGUCUCAGUUUUGCUCAGAAGAAAGCAAGGUUAAAAAACAAUGAUACAGUAAACGAACCAGUGCCAGAAGAUAAUGUGAUACCUGAUAAUUCUAAUGAUAGUAGUGAAACCAAAUGAAUCUUUAUUUUUA